AUGAGAGAAGAGACAGCGAAGGAGGCUACGACAUUUAGUGAUACGGGUACAAACGUUGCUUCAAGUUCUAAUAUUGUUGAUUCAAAACCGAUUGUAAACAGUGAUUCGGAAUUGUCUUCCAACACAGGUGUGGAAGAAGAUAGAGAGAGUAUGCUAAGUGCUGUUGGGUCGAGUAACAAUUCUAAUUUAUCAGAGUACUACGUUUCCAGCGACGCUGAAACAGAAAAAAUGGAGAACACGUCCGGUGCUGUCAAUGUCUCGAUUGAUGAGCCACCAAAGUUGUCUGAUCUGAUCCCAGACGAAGAUGAAAACAAAGUACAGUUGAACAAGAGGAGCGUCGAGGAGGCGUAUGCGAGCGAUAAGGGAAAUAGCAGCGGGUUCGAAGGGGACAGGGAGGUCAAAAAGAUCAAAGUUCUGCCUGAGCCUGUCCUAGAGACAGAACAACAGAGUAUAUCUGCAGAUGCGUCUGAUGUUGCGGACACCGAGAAAGUUGCUCCUGAAGAAGACGUUAAACUCGAGGAAUCUGCGGUUGCAGAUGAUCAGGAACCGAGUGCGACCCCUGCUAACAUAGUCGAAAAAGAGGAAGAGAAUGUUAAUGAGGAGCAUGAGCAAGAACCUGAACCUGAACCUGAUUUUGAGAUUGGAACCAACCAAGAAAUAGAUCAGCUGGAGGGUGACGGCGAGGACGCCGAAGUGGAAGAUGUAGAAGACGACGAUGAGGACGAAAAAGAAAUGAUCGAUAACCACAGCAGCCUCAACACCUACGAAAAUAACGCCUCUGAAGAAGAUAUGGAUGCUGGUGAUAUGGCCAAGGGCGAAACGGUGUCACCCAUGGUGCUCGAGGAGACCAGGUUGUUGGCAUUGAAAGAGAUAACCGACAUCGAAUAUAGGUUUGCUGAAUUAAGGCAGAAACUGUAUGACAACAAGCUGGUGAGGCUUCAGACCGAGCUUCAAAUGUGUCUAGAAGGCUCGCAUCCCGAGUUACAGAAAUAUUACACCAAGAUCGCAUCAAUCAGAGACUACAAACUCCGCCGAGCCUACACACAGCAGAAAUAUGAACUGAAAUGCAUCGAUGAACAGACCAGAGCAACACGUACCUUCAUCCACCAGGACUUCUACAAGAAGGCCAUUGACUUACGUAACAACAUGCUGAACAACACCACUCAGCAAUGGUACGAUAUCAAUAAGGAAAGGCGCGACAUGGACAUCACCGUCCCCACAAUGAACUACCAUGUGCCUGUCAAAAUUGCCGGCAAGACACUGAGCUGCAUCACCGGGUAUGCCGGUCCAGCGCAGCAAAGGUACGCCGGCGAGGAGCUUUUGGAAGACUUCGAGGCCGAGAACAUCAAGUUCAGUUACAGGUCAAACCCAGUGGACAAACUGGAGGUAAUCGUCGACAGAAUGCGCACAAACAACGAGCUGAGCGACCUGGCAGGUCUCAAGAAGUUCUACAACGGAUUUCCAGGUGCUCCAGACCUCAACGGUCUGAAGGACAUCGAGGUGCUCGAGGACCUGCAAAACAUCAGACAGGUCAAACUGUAG